CUCAAAAUGGCCAACAAGAGAUAUAAGAAAAUAUUCAAAAAGAAGAAGACUUUCGCCCAGAAAAUCUUCAAUUCCAUGCGAACGUUUGACAUUUUUGGGAAAAGCAUCGUUUUAACGUACAAAGGAGAUGAUAUGUACAGAACUCACAUUGGAGGGUUUGCAUCUCUCAUUGUGCAGUUAAUCGUGAUUGCUUAUUUCUUGUACCUUCUUCAUGUCCUGAUCUUCAAAGAAAAUACAAAUUUUGUUAAGACAACUCUGAUUAAAGACCUUUACAAAGACACUGAGGUUCUUCAACCUGGGCUUGGGAACGGAAGGAAUUCCCAUUUUGACUUUGCAUUCAAGCUUACCAGUGAUGACUUAGAUUUUGUCAACCAAACCUCGGCCCUUGAAUUCACAGUCCAAUUAGUUGAACAAGAAAGAAAGACAGUCGAUGGGGUUCAGAAAAUAGAGCGAAAGAAUACUGAUAUUGAGCUGACCAAGUGAGGUCUUGAAAACCUUAAUUAUGAACACAAAGAUGAAAUUAAGCGACUCGAGAUUGACCAAUAUUACUGACCAAAAAUUAAAAACUAUACUAUCACAGGAAGCUUUUUCUCUAAGGAUUUUCAUUUCAUUGACAUCAGAGUGAAGAGAUGUAAGGGCACUGGGUGCAUGAAUGACGACCAGCUGGACAAAGUUUUACAGAAUGCAAGAUUUAACAUGGUACUUGUGAACACAGUUAUGAACCUUAAAGACUACAAAAACCCAAUUCAAUACACACUCGACGAAGGAUUCUUCUGGGAUAUCCUUCCAGGAAUUAGAAAGAAGACUGAUAUUUUCAUCAGAAAAUAAUGAAGCUUCUUUUGUUGAUGAUUAUAUCCAGCUAGGCUUUGAAGAAGAUGAAGAAGAGUUUUUCCAAGUUGUUGACUCAAAAGACCGACUAGAACUUGAGCCAGAGAGUGGUGUACUUCUCUCAAUAGUUUUCAGAUACGACAAAAUUUCUGAUAUUUACGAAAGACAAAUAUUCUCAAUCGGUGAGCUCAUGGGCCAAGUUGGAGGAUUCAAGGAAUCUAUCAUGGGCAUUGGCACUAUCUUCCUCACCAUUUUUUCUGAAAGGUUGUUCGUUGGAUCAGUGCUCAGGAAAAUCUACCAAAUUGAUACUUGGCAGGAAAGAGAGAAACUUGAUAAGUCAAAAAGAAAAGAGCACCUGAAGAACUUCAAAAAUCGAAAACUAAUCUUUAGAGAAGAUGGGAGAGGAAUAAAAGUUCCAUAUACAAAGAGUGAGAAGUUCCAUGCAAAUACUUUUAAGGUCAUAAAGAAUGCAAAUAAAGAAGAAAUAUGCACCAUCAAGAAAAGUUUGAAAGACACUGAAGAUAAAGACUCUGAAGUUCAGAAGAAGGACGAUGCAGAUAUCAAAGAUAGCGACUAUGAAGACAUUAAGGGCGAAAUUCUUGAACGCUGAGAAAAAUAGCAUGAGAGAGCGGAGAGUAUUCAAAUAUGGAUAUUUUCAUAUCUUCCAUUACUUAUGCUGAUGACGGCUUGUCUGAAGAAGGAAGAGAAACAUGAGAUUAAUGCCAUAUUUCCGUGACCAACUUUACUAUAAUAUUGGAGAAGAGAAGUUACUAGAGGAACUAGAUUGAGUGACAAUAAUUAAAGCAGUUAGACAAUUAAAGCUUCUCACAGCAGUAUUACUGACCAAGAAACAGAAAUUCCUAAUGAAAUUCCAAAGAAAUAAUGUCAUUGAUAGCUCGUCUUCUGGGACAUCUGAUGAAGGAAGAGUGAAUAUUGUAGAUUUGAUGGAAAGUAAAUAACGAAAAGCAUGCUGAAAUUGUAAAUAAAAAGAUCAAUAAGGUAAUAAACAGCUUCACAAACCAAGAUAUGAAUGAAAUAGACAGCAGAAUUAUCAGCGGAAUUGUUAAGAAAAGGUUUUCGGAUUCUGAAGGAGACGAAAUUAACCUUAUAAAUCAAAAUGAGAAGCAAUUUUCCGAAGCUUCCAAUCAGGAAGAGGAAAAAUGAGCAGAUGUGUCAAACAAUAGGAUUAAUACGUCUUCCCCGAUCUCUUCAAGGCAAAAUACAGCAAAUUUGAAUGACAAGAACAUGCGUCAUCUUUUUGAGGAUGACGCCUCAGAUAUUAACAAGAUGGAAAUUGAUUUUGAGCUAGGCAAAGGACAGAGUAAGGUUAGGAAAAAGAAAGAUAAAUCUGAUUUUGAAUAAACACCUUAAAAUAUUACACAUAGAAUC